AAUUCUAGUCACUGCAGGUGUCAGUCCAAGUGAUAAAAAAACUGGUAGGAACUAGGAUUAUAUUAAUACUAUACAUUAUAUUAUGAAAAGAAUGUACAUUGUCUGUGUCAACAUUAGCCAACAAUCACUGUCCACUGAAUAACACAAUAUUGAACUAAUCAAAAUAUAGUUAAUAGUGACAAUUAUGGAAUAAUAAAUAAUAAUACAAUUAUUUGUUUUUAUUAAACUCGUAAAUAUCAUAGAGAAACACUAUACUCAAUAAUAUAUAUAUAUAUAUAGAUUUAAGAGAUUAUUUCAGAAUUCUAUAUUUAUUACUAUUUACUACAAAAUGAAAAAACGACAGACAACUGAAUCUGAUGGUUUUGAAGAAUGGGGUGGAUACAUGGAAGCAAAAAAGUCUAAAUUAGAAGACCAAUUUAUGAUGAAAGCAACUAGCUCAGAAAACAAAGUGAAGAGCCAAAUAUUUAAAGGAAUUUCUAUAUUUGUCAACGGAUAUACUUUACCUUCUACCGAGGAGCUUAAAUGUAUUAUGAUGGAAAAUGGUGGUAUUUACCAUCAUUAUCACAGGCCCGGUCUUACCACACACAUUAUAGCAAGUAAUUUACCUAAUGCAAAAUUAAAAUUGCUUAAACAGUAUAAAAUAGUAAAGCCUGAAUGGAUAUCUGAAAGCCUCAAAGAAGGGAAACUUCGAAAUUAUAGAGACUAUUUACUUUUUGUUGAUAAAGUAGAUCAACCAAAAAUAGAUUUUCCAAUGCGUGCCAAAAAUGCAUCAGAACCAUCAUUUUUGUCAGAGUUUUAUAACAAUUCCAGAUUACACCUUAUAUCUACCAUGGCUACAACAUUUAAGCAACUGGUAAUUGAAACACGUAAACUUAAUCAAACUACAUAUCCUGGAAGGUUACGAUUAAAAAAAUGGGUAGAAUGCAAUGAAGCACCUGAAUUUGUAUCAGAAAACAUAGAUUAUGGUCGAGUAAUUAUGCACAUAGAUAUGGACUGUUUUUUUGUAUCUGUUGGUCUAGUAGAAAGACCCGAAUUACAUAAUAUGCCUGUGGCCGUCACACAUGCUAAAGGAAAUUCAUCUUUUAAAAGAUAUGGUGUUAACCGAGAGGCAGAAUUUAACUUGUACAGCAAACGUUGGAAAGGAAAUGAUACUGAUAGUGAUGAGAAUGAAGGAGAAGAAACAAAAAGACUUCCAUUAACUACUAAAAGAGAUGGUAUAAAUGACACUGAUUCGAUGGCUGAAAUUGCCUGUUGUAGCUAUGAAGCUAGAAAAGCAGGAAUUAAAAAUGGCAUGCUAGUAGGUCAAGCAUUAAAAAUGUGUCCUGGACUAAAAUUGAUACCAUAUAAUUUUGAAAACUAUAAAAAAGUUGCCCACAUUCUAUAUACGCACAUUAUGAAUGAUUAUACACUUGAUGUUGAAGCAGUUAGCUGUGAUGAAUUAUAUUUAGACUGUACACAAAUUUUAGAAACCACUAAAAGUUCACCUCUUCAACUAGCAACUUUCCUACGUAAAGAAAUAAAGGAAAAAACUAACUGUCCAUGUUCUACCGGCAUUGGUCCAAACUGUCUUCUAGCUAGGUUAGCUACCAAGAAAGCAAAACCUGAUGGUCAAUUAUAUGUGGAACCGGAUGCUUAUAUGGACUUUAUGACUAAUAUUAACAUCUCCGACCUUCCAGGUGUAGGAAGGAAUUUGAGUCAUAAGCUUUCUACUCUAGAAAUAAGCACUUGUGGUCAAUUGAGAGCUUUGUCACUUCAAACACUUCAGUCAGAAUUUGGAAAUAAGAUAGGGCAAUCAUUAUACAAGUAUUGUCAUGGUGAAGAUGAUCGAAAGCUUAAUUAUGAUUAUCGACCAAAAUCAGUCUCUGCUGAAGUAAAUUAUGGCAUUAGAUUUAGAAACCAAGAAGAAUCAGAAAAUUUUAUUAAACAAUUAUGUGAAGAAGUUGAGAAGCGAUUAGAUGAUGUGGAAAUGAAAGGGAGAACAGUGACACUAAAGUUAAUGGUACGUAAUGCUGAAGCUCCUAAAGAAUCUGCAAAAUUUUUAGGUCAUGGGUUUUGUGAUCAUGUAACUAAAUCAAGUCCAUUAAUUAAACUAACAUCAGACUCUAAAAUCAUAUUUCAGACUGUAGUCAAAAUAAUGAAUCAACUAAAAAUUGAUCCGACAGAAUUACGUGGAAUAGGAAUUCAAAUUAAUCGUUUAGAAAGUCGUACAUUAAAAAGAUCUGGUCGGAUUGAAAACUUUAUAUCAAACAUGAAAUUCCUACCAAAUCAUACUUCCCCUGGUAUUGAUGCUAACUUGGUAGUUAGAUUACCAAAAUUGACUGAAGCAAAUGCAAUCCAUAACUUACCAAGUGAAGCUAUGAAAAACACUGAAUUGAGUAACAAUAGCAAAUCAAAAAAAAUUGUUGAAUUUUUCCAACCUAAAAACUACAAACCAGAUAGUGAAGUGCAAUCAUUAACAGUUUCACAAUCAAAAAUAAAUAUUUUGAAUAACAUAAGUAAAUCUCAAGUAGAUCCAUUAUUUCUAGAAGCGUUACCAGAAGAUUUGCGUUUGGAGUUAGAAAAUGAGUUAAAAUAUCAAGAACAAACACAUGUUACUGAAACCAAUGAAAAAAACGUAACUACUAUCUCUGAAGAAAGUUCUAGACUAUAUCAGCAAGUUCAUAUUGAUCAAAUGAAAGAAUUUAUGGAAGAAUGGGUAUCGACUGAACACGAACCUAAAGACUGUGACAAUAUAAUGGUUUCUGAAUAUCUAUGUAGUCUAAUAAAAGAUACUCGGACUACAGACGCUUAUGAAUUAUUAAGAAAGCUCUAUAGAUUAGUAAAAUGUAAAGAACAAAUUACUUGGAAACAAAGUUAUUUUAACAUUAUGAAAAACGUACAAGAAACUAUGUUAAAACUGUACAACGCAAAAAUGAAAGUAGAAACAUUAUUUUAAUAAUUUUUUUGUGUUUUUCCGCAUUAAUCAUUUUAUAAAAUAUAUUUAACGCAACAGUUUGUUAUAUUAUAUAAUAUAAAACAGAAGAUAAUAUAUAAUAAUAAAUAGUACAGAACAUGAUCACUAUUUAAUAUAGAUACUACUUUUCUACAGUUAUAAUACCAAAUAGAAACUAUAUUUAAUAAAUAGUUGUUGGACUAUGGUUGGUUUUAAGUACAAUUUAACAAAUGUAGGUAGCCACGUUUCCAAAGAAGGUCCAUAGGAUUGGAAAUGUGUAAAUGUGUAGUAGCCGAUUCUAACCAAAAAUAAUGCCAAGCCUUAAUCAUAAGGUAAAAAACUAAAUUGGUUUUUACAUUGACAACUAUAUUCUUUACUCGUUUUCUCCAACAAUCAACUAUGUGUUUUUAUAAUACAGAAGUGCACAUA